AUGCGUGGCCGAAAAAACAAAGAUUUUGGGCCUGUUCCGUUCGGCUUCGGUCUUUUGGAUGCGAAAGAAUGUGGUGCUGAGAAAAGCAGAAUUGACGAUGUAUUUAUGAGUCUGGAAAUGGCCGAAAAUAGCAGUGGAGGUAACCCAUAUCGCAAUCAUGACAAAGAGAUUGUGAAGAGUGAACUUAAUGAGAUGCCCUAUAGUGUUGUUUUGGAGGGGGAAACAAACAAAGGUGAGUUUGGAAGGAAGCAGGAAUAUAUUAACAAGAGGAAGAAGCAAAGUGUAGUUGAUGAACCAUUAGGCAAAGUUCAGAGAGCAGCACUUUCAGAAAUUGGUCUUCACAACCUUUAA